CAGUAUAAUUCGAUGGGUUCAGCGUGUCGUUCAGUCGCAUAGGAUAUACGCAUGUCAUGUGGUCUCUCGUUUUUUCUCAAACGUCUGAUCGUUUCUAGAAAUACGAGUAAGCGUGUGUUUCUGUUGAGUAAAAUGAAGAGAUCGACGCAGAACACGCCCGAGAAAGAACGGGAGACGAGUCAGCAAGGUGCUGCGGCCGCAAAUUCGCCGAACAGAUCGCCUCCAGCUGAUCGAUCGCUGCUUAACCCUAACAUCAACUUAGGUCUCCACGAAGGCACGAUGGAGGAAACAACCGGCAACGAUGAGCAUCGUCGAGUCGAGUAUCUGGAGAAUUCCAUCAAAUCGGAGAUGGACAAGAAGACAUACAGAGUCAUCAGACUACAGAAUGGUUUGAUAGCUUUGCUAAUAUCUGAUGUACAUGCAGAAUCAAGCUUUCAAGAUAAAGAUGAUGAAGAAGAUGAUGAAAGUUACGAAGAAGACAAGGAGGAUGAAGGAGAUGAAGAAGAUGAGGAGGAAGAAGGAGACGAGGAAGACGAAGAUGACGAUAUGUACGAAGGUGAUGAUGAGGAAGAAGGUCCAUUCGAUGACGAGGAGGAAGGUGCAUUUGAUGACGAGGACGAAGAUAAAUUUGAUAAAGAUGAUGCUCCGCGAGCCAAACGAAUCAAGAGAUCAGAAAAGAUGGCAGCAUGUGCUAUGAGCGUGGGAGUGGGCACUUUCAGCGACCCGCCGGAAAUAGACGGCUUGGCGCACUUUCUCGAGCAUAUGAUUUUCAUGGGGUCGGAAAAGUAUCCAAAGGAGAACGACUUCGACGCUUACAUUAGCAAAUACGGCGGAUAUUCUAACGCGGUAACGGGGCUCGAGCAGACAACGUUUCACUUUUGCAUACAGCAGAAACACUUUCUGUCGGCCCUCGAUCGUUUCGCUCAGUUCUUCAUCAAGCCCCUGAUGAAGAAGGACGCGAUCAAACGCGAGCGGGAAGCUGUAGAAAGUGAGUUUCAGAUUGCCCUGUCCGCCGACAGUAACAGAAAGGUACAGCUGCAGUGCAGCUUCGCAUACGACGGUCAUCCGGUCAGGAAGUUCGGCUGGGGUAAUCUGUCGACGUUGCGCGACAAUGUGAGCAAGGACAAACUGUACCAGGAGCUGCACAAUUUCCGGGAACGCCAUUACAGCGCUCACAGAAUGAGAUUAGCUAUACAGGCAAAAUUACCACUGGACACAUUGGAAGACUACGUAACCAAGUGCUUCGCGGAUAUACCGAAUAACGCGCUGCUGCCUGACGAUUUUGCCGAGUUCAAAGGCGUCAAGUCGUUCGAUACCGCGGCUUUCCCGAAAAUGUACAAAGUCAAACCUAUCAAAGACUUCUGCAGGGUUGACUUGACAUGGGUGAUGCCUUCAUCGCUGGAACACUAUAAGACUAAACCUCACGAGUACUUGUCGUCGAUAAUCGGCGCUUACGGUAAAGGUUCCUUGAUGAGUUAUCUGUGCAAGAAGCUGUGGUGCAUCGACAUCUGUUGCAACAAUAACGACGAUUUCGGUGACACCUCCCUGUACAGCAUGUUCUGCUUGAAACUGUGGCUGACCGAUAAGGGGUACGAAAACUUGGAGGACGUGUUGGCUGCCGUGUUCUCCUUCAUCAAUCUGGUUAAGAGGGAGGGCCCGCAGAAGAGGUUUUACGAGGAACUUCAGCAAAUCGAACAGACCAACUUCAGGUUUUUAGAGGAACAGGAUGCCGAGGAUUACGUGGUGGACAUGUCCGAGAAUAUGUUCUUUUACCCGCCGCGUGACUACAUUACUGGCGACAGCCUCUUCUUCGAGUAUGACGCGGAUGCGAUACAAAUGUGUAUGGACUGCCUGGUGCCGGACAAGGUGAACAUCAUUGUCUACGACAAGAACUACAACGAACAGCAGUUCGACAAGAUCGAGCCCUGGUUCAAGACCAAGUAUAUGGAGAAAGAGAUACCGUCGAAGUGGACCGAGCGUUGGAAAGACAUCGAACCGUUUCCGGAUUUUCAUCUGCCCCUGUCAAACAUGUUCCUCGUCGACGACUUCUCCAUGAUAUCUUUGCCAGCGAAAGUGCCUCACUAUCCCGAGAUAGCUUACCGUGAUGCAAUGUUAGAGAUCUGGUACCGACCGGACUGCACGUUCGGCCUGCCGGAGUGUUACAUGUCCUUGUAUUUCAUCUCUGAUGUGCCGUACGCGACGGUAAAGAACGCGGCUCUCAUGGACCUGUACGUCAUGAUAUUGAGCCAAUUAAUGAGGGAAAAUCUGCAUCCCGCUGCGGUGGUGGGAUAUACUCACCAGAUCAUGUCUCUCGAGAACGGUGCAGUAUUGCAUAUAAACGGAUUCAACGAGAAACUGCCGCUCUUAUUAACGCUCACCGCCGAACACAUGGUGAACUUUCCCAAUAUCGUCACGAAGGACAUGUUCAAAGUUAUGAGGACACACCUGGCCAAGCACUACUACAAUGCAAUCGUGAAGCCCAAGAACCUCUCCACCUCCGUGAGAGUGGCGAUAUUGAUGAAAGUCUAUAUGACCGACCUCGAGAAGCACAGCGCCCUACAGGACGUCAGCUUCGACGAUCUGCUGGAGUUCGUCAGGUCCUACACGAGUCAGCUGUACAUCCAGUGCCUGGUGCAAGGUAACAUGACGCAGGCGUACGUGGUCGAGAAGAUCCGAGAGUGCUUCGAGAUAUUGCAAUGCAAGCCGUUGCCGAGCGAGCUGAGGCCGCGGCCGAGAGUCAUGAAGAUACCGUUGGGUGUGCGCUGCUGCAAAGUGCGGAACCUGAACACCACUGACGUGAACUCCGUGGUGCUGAAUUACUAUCAGAUCGGCGUCGAGUCGGACAAAGAGAAAGCGAUGAUCAAUCUGCUGUUGUUGAUGAUGGCGGAGCCGAUGUUCGAUCAGCUCAGAACCAAAGAACAGCUCGGAUACGACAUCCACUGCAGCUCCAAGAACACCAAUGGGAUCUUGGGUUUUAGCAUCAAGGCGGUCACGCAGGCGGACAAGUACACGACGGAAUACGUGGACGUACGGAUCGAGGAAUUCAUCAAGUCGUUCGCCGAGACCAUCGAGAAGACCACGGAGGACGAGCUGAACAGUUUCAAGGAGACGCUGAAGAAAAAGAAGCUGUGCGCCGACGUUCACCUGAAGCAAGAAUUCGACCGGAACUGGGACGAGAUCGAGAAUGAGGAUUACAUGUUCGACAUGCUCGAGCGAGAGGUGGUAGCGUUGCAGACCAUAACGCUCGGCGAGCUGAAGGACUGGUACGCAGCAUACACGCAGAACGGGCCGAGCUGUCGCAAGCUGAGCGUGCACGUGGUCGGACGUGCUUCGAAUGAAGCGACACCAGUCGCGGAAGCCUGCAUAAACGGCCCGAAGCAUAUCGAGGCUGCGAUGUUCAACGGUGUCGAGAAGCAUCACUGGAAGACGAAACACAUCUUAGAAUAUGUACCUGAUGAACAAUCGGACGAGAAUAGGCGAGACAAUUCCAUCGCUAACAUAGAGGAUUUCAAGAGACAGCUUGAUAGCUAUCCAGCGAAACCCAUUAACCCUUUCGGUACGAGCGCCUGAUGUAUCCGACAUCCAUGUGACAUCCUGUAUGCACGAGCGCCAUCUAUAGUGUACGAGAGCCGGGUAUAUCCGGCAUCCAUCUGAUGUGUGCACGAGCGCCGGAUAUAUCCGGCAUACAUGUGACAUCCUGUAUGCACGAGCGCCAUCUAUAGUUGGUAACAGAGUAUUCUAUCUUACUGACGUAUUAGAUUAAAUACAGUUCUCAUUUAACGCUUAGGAAAAUCUUCAGACAAAAGAGGACUGACUAUGCGCUAUGUGUGCAUUUUCGGAGCGGCGCCUCGUAUAGCGGGAGUGUCACGGCAGACAGAGCGCUCGUACCGAAAGGGUUAACGUGAAACUCUAGUUUCUCUCUGCUCAUCAGGGUGGUUGGAUCCGUAAACCUAAUUGUAAUAAUUCUAUUGAUUACGGUAAUUUUAUUUGCGGCAAUUUUCUUGAGAAUCUUCAAAUUUUUAGAGCAUGUUGAUCGAAACACGAGCUACACCCUUGUACGUUAGGAAGAAAAAUUAACCAUACCGAAACUGAGAUAACAGAGGUCAAAUUACGCGUAUAUUAUUUAUAUGUUUCACAAAAAUACGAAAAUUUUUCCCGAUAUGACGUUUGUAGUUUUAACGACCAAAUUAUUCUUACGGUUUUAAUGAUGAGUAUUAAUAUUCUCCUGCUAUAAUGUCCAAGCUGUGUAUCAUAGAUUAUGUUUAUAAAUAUUUAGCACAGAUUUUUUGAGCUUCGUGUUGUAUUAAUAUUUUGCGGUCCGCUGACGAUAUAGUGGUGUUGCGAUGAGAGAACAUUAAUAUUAACGAUACACACAUACCUAUAUGAUUGAACGUAAAUAUACGCGGAUAAAAAUAAAAGCGAAAUAUGCAACGUGCCAGCAACAAUACAAGAAUUGCAAACAUGAUGAAAACACCGCUGUGUAAUUAUAAAAAAAAUCCUUUUAUAUCGAUGUUAAUUUACAAUCAAAAAAAGUAUGAAUUACAGGCUCAGUUUACUCGAGUAAAAUAGCGCGAUAACUCCGUAGCGCGGACCAUAAAAUGUUAACUGUUACCUUUCUAACAAUAUUGUUACGGACCAGCUACCUUUGAAUCUUCGAUGCUAAACGGCCGCGUAAACGAUUAUAUGAUGGAACAAGGGUACUAUGAACAGGCAUGUGCAAGUGUAUCUCUUUAGGACUAACUGCCACUGUUUGUUUCUUCUCUUAGUAAGUCAGAUUAUUGUAACGAUUAUGCUUCCGGGGACAUUUUGCACACAGCGAAGCGAGUAUAUUUAAAUUAAGUUUUUCAAAUUAUAUAAGCAACAAUAAAUUUUACACAACAGAUAUACUUGAUCUAUUUCGUAUUGUUAUACAUCGUGUUAGUAUUAUUAGUCUAUAAAUAUUGAAAUAUAGAAUACACGGUCUGUCCCAAAACA